AUGACGAUGAUGCCUAUGGACGUACCGCGGCCGACAAUGCGUUCAGGCCCAGAGACAUAUAUGCGACAACAUUCGAAUCACUUUGACCUGUUUCCUACUAUAAGUGAACCACUCACUGAAAACAGUCUGAUCAACCAGGCAUUCCAACCGGAGCUUCAGGCUUCAAUGGUCAAUCCCAAUAUCUCUAUCCCAUACGACGACUUUCUUUUGUAUGAUGCUCAAGGAUCGCAUUCAAGUUUUCAGCAAUAUGAACUCUACCCUUCCAAUAUGAGUGUGCCACAACCCAUGACGCCUCAAUGGAAUAAUGAAUUUUGUAGUAUAGAGGUACCACGUUCGAUGAGAAGGUCUGCGUCUGAACCGCCAAUGAGAUACCAAUUUAUCCCGGAAGAUCCCACAAAUCCACACACUUAUCACGAAAAGAGACCGCGCUCCAGAACUGAAUUGGACAAACAGAAAGAGGAUAUCCGACAACUGAAAGAAUACGGCGGCGCAUGUAACCGAUGCUACAAGAGCAAGAAAAAAUGCGGCCCUUCGACUCCUUGUCCACCGUGCCGGGCAAACAAACGCGAAUGCAUUCGCCGAGAGCCUCCUAUUUCAGGCCAUAAAGAGAUACACAUUUCGGAUGCUGAGAUAUCAACUUCGCCAUCCGUGGUGUCCCAGGUGGUAGGCGAAAUUCUUGACUUUCUGCAGCCAGGACCAUGGGAACCACAGCUGAUUCCUUCGAUCGAUGGGACCUACUGCGAUGUCGAUACAGGCUUCAUCCAUGAGCCAGAAGAGUAG